GCCUGCAACAGUUUCCACACAGCAUCAAACACAUCUUGAGUUUCACACAAUCGCAACAAAAUCUCAUUUUCCUGGCGCCAUCCGCCGACCUGUCCUACACCAAAUAUCCUUUCCAUAGCAGAACUCGCACGCCAUGCCACCCAGAGCGUCAGGCACCAGCUCCGCAGCCCGCGGUCCUGGGAGACCUGCAACAGCGACAAACACUUCAAUGACGGGCAGAGGCCGGUCAACAGCUGCUUCUAGGGCCAGCAGGCGUGGUGCUACUUCCUCUUCGAGAGGUAGGGGAGGAGCCGCUUCUGCUGCGUCGGCGCAAGCGCGGGGGAGGAAGACACAGCAGCAGUCGCUGGAGGAGGAGGAUGAUGAUGAUAUGCCGGAUGUUGUUGACCUUGAUGCUUUUCUCGAUCAAAAUAGGGACGAAGAUGAAGAAGAUGAUGAUGAUCACACGCUGGAUGGGGCCGUGGAGGAGGAGGAUCGGGAUCGUGGCCGGGACCGGGUAGGACUUGGUGGUGGUGGGGAGGAUAGGGAAGAAGAGGUUGAUGAUGAGGAGGAGGAGAGGAACAGAGAGAAGAUACCGCAGGAGUUGUUGACGAGGAUUCUCUAUGAAUUCUUUGAGAGGGAGGGGACGAGGAUCACGAGGGAUGCGAAUGCUGCUGUAGCGCGGUAUGUGGAUGUUUUUGUGAGGGAGGCGAUUGCGAGGGCGGCGGUGGAGAGGAGUAGGGGUUUCUUGGAGGUAAGUAGUGCGUGCUGUUCCUCGGGGAGAAGGGUGUCACAUGUGGUUGGUUUGUUGCUGACUGAUGGUGAGCAGGUUGAGGAUCUGGAAAAGAUCGCGCCGCAGUUGUUGAUGGAUUUGUAGAGGGCCCGGAGGCGGAAGGAAGGGGGUUCAUCAAGGGCCGGACCAGUUAUUUAACGAC